CCCCUUUCUGUCUCACUGACUGACUGCAGCACCACACACAUCAAGCUGUACACCACUCCCCGUGUGUGCGUGUGUGUGGCCGAAAAGCAAUACCACCACGCCCACACAGCUCAGCCAGGGGCCGCCACACACACACACAGACACACAGCACACCAGCCAUCCCUCCAUCACCCACACACCAAUUCAAGCCCCGACCGAUGCACGCAGGCAGGCAGGCAGGCACACAAAAAAGGUGAUCGAAGAAAUAUGAGGCAGUACACAUAGAGGAAAGGAGAGGAGAGAAGCGAGACGAGAACACACGUCACUCACGGACACGGACACGGACAAGAGCAUCCCCCCUCUCUCCUGUUCUGUUUGCUGCGCUCACCUCGGAGCGAAACGCCCCGGACGGAGUCAGCGAGCGACUCGUCCAUCUGGUCCUCCUGAUCGCUUCUCGAGCUGUUGUCGCGUCGCCUGUUGACCACCACUGGCUGGAUGCGCGCUGGCUGUAUGGGCGAGAGGGUGGGCGGAUUCUGAGGGACACGAGGGGUGUCGGCAUCACCAGUGUCGCUGUCGUAUGCGUCAUUCUCGGCGUCGGCGAAUGCGUCACCGUCGGGCUCGCAGCCGAUAUCUCUGGGCGGGUCGAGGGGAUACCGCACACACUCAGGGUAGUAGUCGCUGCACGCCACCGGCCAGUUGCACGUGUGGUCUGGCACACCCACCGCCACCGUGCCCACAUCCUGCCACCGAUCGGGGUUGCCGCAGUCCUUCAGGCAGUGGCAGACAGUGUAGUUCUUGGCCGUCUUGGAGACAAUCUUCAGGUCGGCCCACUCCUGCCUGUAGAUGAGCGCCGUGGUGGGCGAGGUGUGGCACUCGGUGGCGCCAUCGCAGUCGAUGCCGCCCUUGACGUCUGCCGACGCCGUGGCCCUGCCGCAGGUGGGCGGGUCGACACCUGAGGCGUUCUCGGGGGCAUUGAUGAUCUUGAGGCGCGAGGCGAUCUCGUGCUCAUCGGUGGUCUGCUUGGGGAGGGCCCAGCCGGGCAGCAGCAGGGAGAACACACGGCCGGACUGCACAGUGGCCAGACCGUCACGGUGGAGACCUGCAGAACCGACCGAAAUCCAAUGAGUGAUAUUGUGUGUAUGGCGUGCAGCCUGUUUGUGGUGUGGUGCUGCCGGUCACCUGAGACGGAGAUUUCACCGACGUCUCUCCACUGCUUGGCCAGCUCGCAGUCGCUGAAGCAGUGGCAAAUCUCGUACAUGCCCGGCGUGUCGAUCACGACAUUCUUCCAGGUCUGAACCACAUACACACCAUCCAUCAUCCAAUGUCCGUGCGCACAGACCCACCUGAUAGACCGCCUGCGUGUCUCCAUUAGCGUCCAUCUCGGUGAUAACAAGCUGUUCCGGCGCCACCUCCAGCCCCAGCCCCUCCACCUCGUUGUCGGCAUCGUAAUCCAGGCAGCUGCGCUCCGCGAGGGUCACGUUGCGGCGCAUCAGACGCACCCUUGACGAGUACAUGAAGGCGGAGGCGGUGAUACUGCUGACGGCGAUGUUGAGGUCGAAUGGGCGGUGUGCCUCCUCGUAGAGGUUCUUGAAGCGGUCUGUCUCGGGGAAGUAGAAGACGCCCCACUCGCCCGGUGUGGUGGCGACCUUCAUACCGUAGAAGUGGCGGGGCAGCUCCAGACGCUCGAAGCGCAUGUCCCUUGAAGCGUUCGUCUUUGGUCGGCGGGGACCAUCACCGUCGUCGUCCUUGGUCAGCAUACGCGCACACUGAAUCUCAGUCGUCUGCAUUCACACACGAUGAUGUCCCACACAAAGGCAUGAUCUCGCCUGUUGUCAGUCUGUCUGUGUGCCCCUCCCUCUCUGUCACUCACCUUGGGGAAGAAGAGCUGCACUUCUGGUCUGCAGGGGCGCUGGAUGCGGGUGAGGCCUUCAUCGCCCACGUCGUCCUGCUCAGGCUCGGAGUCCUCGUCGCACGUGAGCUUGAGGGUGGUGGACUCGUCGUCGUCGAACAUCCUCAUCUCCUCCUCGACUUUCUCGGUCUCGACCACCUCGUUGUCCUCGUCUGCCGACGGGGCGGUGGUGGGGACGCUCUCGUCGUCAGUGUCGUUGCCGCGGCUCCUGUCGCGGUUUCUGCUUCUGCGGCCGCUCAGGAUGCUCUGGAUGGACAUGCUGGUAAAGAUCUGAGCAGAACUAACGUUGAUGCGGUCAUUGCACUCGGCAUCGUGGAACAACCUGACAGACGAGGCCAAGAGAACGUGCCAGGAUGGCUGAGACAGUUGUUUGUGCGCGAUAUCCGUACUGUAUCUCUGCGAUAGUGAUAGGGUCCCGGUCUUCGGCCUUGAACCGCCAGCGGUAACUCGCUGAACGAAACAACGGACACACAGGCAGGUGCGCACGUGUAAACAUGUCCCAUCUCUCCGCCCACCCCACCCACAUCUUUCUUGGCUUACAGAAUACUUCCUCGGCAUCGGUUUCGCACAGGUAGGGGAGUUUCUGGGUGCAUGGCCAGUCCCUGAUGGCGCCGUCGGCACCGUACAUCCACACGCAGUUGGCGCCGCACUCGGGGGCGCUGUUGUCGUCGGCACACUCGCCGUCGCUGCGUUUGGGCAGGUUGUUGGGCUCGUAAUUCUGUCCGCGGUGGACGGCCCAAUCGAUGGCCCACAUGUUCUCAGCGGCCGUCAUGUUGGUGUUGGUCCACUGAAAGCUUCCCUCCUUGGCACGGUCGUUGAGACCGAUCCUGACCGACCGACCCAACGCAUACACGCGUGUUCACACCACUCACCUACACCUGAGUGUCUGGUGCGUGUGUGGCAACCGUGUAGCAUCGUACCAGCAGGCGCGGUCAUCGUUGGACGUUGUGCGAUUGAAGCAGAGAAGCUGCGAAGACCAAAAGAGCACGCACACCCCUCCGUCCACCAUACACGUCUCCUCUCUCAUGGGUGCGUGUAUGGUGCCUGCCCGCCUCACUGAGCUCACCUUGAGAACCUCGUUGGCGCCAACGCUGCCGAUGGUGGCAAGGUGGCCUCCCUUGUCCUGGCACUGCUGUUCGGCCUGCUCCCAGCCCAGCGGAGAGGUGAACUUGGCAAAACACCUCCCCCCGUACCAGAAAAAGCCUUUCGGGCACGAAGAC